CUUUUAUAUUGUGUUGGAUUUUGUCAGCCUCGCUUUGAGACAGUUGUUUCAGAGUUGAUUCUGGUGAAGAAUGAAGCUCUCUAUGCCAUCAACAACCUUCGGAAAUGGAUGGAGCCUCAACGUGUUGAGAAAAACCUGUCCACAGCUCUGGAUGAAUGCAUGGUGGUGAGCGAGCCUCUUGGCACAGUACUGAUCCUCAGGUCCUGGGCAUGCCCUGUUCAGCUCUGCCUGGUGCCACUAAUUGGAGCCAUAGCUGCAGGGAAUUGUGUGGUCAUCAGCCCCUCUGAACACUGUACUCACACAGCAGAGCUCCUUCACAGACUUCUACCCUCUUACCUGGAUAAUGAGUGCUACCAUAUUGUACUUGCAGGGACGAAUGACUUUUCUGAGAUAGUGGAAUUGAAGUUUGAUCAUAUCUUCUUCUCUGGCACUCGCGAGGAGGGCACCAAGGUGUCUCUGGCCGCAGCCCGCAAUCUCACACCAGUCACUCUCGUGCUAAGUGGGAAGAACCCGUGCUACGUAGACCAGAACUGCGACAUCAACACUACGGCGCGCCGGAUCACCUGGGCCCGGUUCCACAACGGCGGGCAGAGCAUGGCCUCGCCGGACUAUGUGCUGUGUCAUGUGGAUGCCAAGGAACGGCUACUGCAGGCCCUGCGCUGCGCCGUGCUCAUCUUCUAUGGCUCUGACCCACGUGAGUCCCGCAGCUACGGCCGCCUGGUGAAUAUGGAGAACUUCAGCCGUGUCAGAGACCUGCUCUGGAGGUCAGGGAAGGUGGUGAUGGGUGGCCAUGUGAAUGAAGUGGAGAAAUAUGUCGCACCGACAAUAUUGUCAGAUGUGACGGAGACAGAUCCAGUUAUGCAUCAGGAGUAUUUCGGCCCGAUCCUUCCUGUCCUGACAGUGGAAAAUGUGGAUGAGGCCAUCUCCUUCAUCAACAAAAGAGACAAGCCUUUGUGUGUUUAUGCGUAUUCCAGCAACAGCAAGGUGAUUUCCAGGCUAAUGAAUGAGACCUCCAGUGGAAGCUUCUGCUCAAAUGACAGCGUCUUGCAGAGUCUCAUGCCCUGCCUACCCUUUGGAGGAGUGGGUCCAAGUGGGAUGGGCUCUUACCAUGGACAGUGCAGCUUUAAAACCUUCUCUCACAAGAAGUCCUGCCUUUUGCGGGGCACUCGGAUUGAGUGUUUUACCUACCUGCGCUACCCACCAUAUGAUGAGCGCAACCUGUCCCUCAUGACCUGGGCCAACACACUAACACAGAAGAGCCAGGGCUGGUGUCAAAUCCUAUGAAGGCCUGGAUGGAACAGUUAGUAUGGUCCUAAUAAAGAAUCUGUCCGGUA